AUGUCACUUGGACGGGAGGCACCGGUCCAUUCAACCUGUCUCACACGUCCCUACACUAGACGUCCUGCCGCCGGAAGUAUCACCGACAGCGCGACGAACAACAUGCCGAUCACGAUGGAGUUCCCCAAUAUAGCCGACCACAGCCUCCUGUGGCCCACGAACGUUCUGGGAGGCACGGUCGCUGUGUUUGAGGUCACCGAUGCGACGGGGGAGACCGCUUUCUCCGGCGCGGUCAACGUCCAGCCCAGCCAGGAUACUUCUUGCUUCAAGUAG